AGAGCAGAGAAACAACAAAGCAGAGAGUGGACGUCAAAAACACUUCUAAUUUCAGCAGUACCUCCAUCUCAAAGGCAGUGAUUAGUAAGGGAAUCUAUUCUACCCAGCUGUCUGAGAAGAUUCAUGGUAUACCCUGUACGGAUACUUGAGGAUCACAACAAUCUCUGUAAAAUAGCUAAUAUCACUAAACAUCCAGAAAUAUGUGCCAGUGGAAUACAUCAUGAAUUUCAAGCAGACAGGCAGCUUUCAGAAUUCCGUAAAUAUGAAAGCACAUACCUUUCAGCGAAAAAUUAUGCCUGUAAGCAAUAUGGCAAAACUUUAUUCAAACAACAAAGACUCAUUGAACAUCAGAGAGUUUCCACAGGAGAGGAAUCCUAUGAAUGUCAAGAAUGUCAAAAACCUUUUUCAGGGAAUCUAAGCCUCAUUCAGCACCAAAGACUUUGCAAAGGAGAAAAAUUCUAUAACUGUGAAGACUAUAGGACAGCUUUCUCACAGGAUUUAUACUUCACUCACCAUACGACAAUUCACGCAAGGAAGAAAGUCUUUGAAUGUAAAGAAUGUUCGAAAAGUUUCUCAAUGAAGGCAUACCUCACUAGACAUCAGAGACUUCACACAGGAGUCAAACCCUAUGAAUGUAAAGAAUGUAGGAAAAGGUUCAUUAGAAAGGCUUAUCUCGUAGAACAUGAGAGAAUUCACACAGGAGUCAAACCCUAUGAAUGUAAAGAAUGUAGGAAAGCUUUCUCAUCGAAGACAAACCUCACUGCACAUGAGAGAAUUCACACAGGAGUCAAACCCUAUGAAUGUAAAGAAUGUAUGAAAAGUUUUGCAACAAAGUCAUAUCUCAUAGCACAUGAGAGAAUUCACACAGGAGUCAAACCCUAUGAAUGUAAAGAAUGUAGGAAAACUUUCUCAAUGAAGACAGGCCUCACUAGACAUGAGAGACUUCACACAGGAGUCAAACCUUAUGAAUGUAAAGAAUGUAGGAAAACUUUCUCAGCGAAGACAACCCUCAUUACACAUGAGAGAAUUCACACAGGAGUCAAACCCUAUGAAUGUAAAGAAUGUACAAAAAGUUUCACAACAAAGACAGGCCUCACUACACAUGUGAGAAUUCACACAGGAAUUAAACCCUAUGAAUGUAAAGAAUGUAGGAAAAGUUUCUCAAGAAAGACAAAACUCACGGCACAUGAGAGAAUUCACACAGGAGUCAAGCCCUAUGAAUGUAAAGAAUGUACAAAAAGUUUCUCAACAAAGUCACAACUCAAAGCACAUGAGAGAAUUCACACACGAGUGAAACCCUAUGAAAGAAAAGAAUGUAAGAAAUCCUCAACGGAGACAAACCUCACUACACAUGAGAGAAUUCACAGAGCAUUGAAACACUAUGAAUGUAAAGAAUAAAACAAAACUUUGUCGAUGAAGGCAGUCCUUACUAAUCAUGAGAGAAUACAAACAGGAGCAAAACCCUGUGAAUGCAACGAAUGAAGGUAAAGUUUCUUGAGAAUGUCAGAACUCACAGCAUAUGAGAGACUUAACAGGAGUCAAGCUCCCCCCUUUUUUUUUUGCUUUUUGGGUCACCUAUGGCGAUGCUCCGGGGUUACUCCUGGUUCUGCACUCAGGAAUUACUCCUGGAGGUGCUCAGGGGACCAUAUAGAUGCUGGGAAUCAAACCUGGGUCGGCUCUUUGCAAGGUAAACUCCAUUCCUUUUUUAUACUUUUUUUAAAUUUUGCUUUUUGAACAAAGGAGUCAAUCCCUGUGAAUGUAAAGAAUGUACAAAAAGUUUCCCAAUAAAGUCACAACUGACUGGACAUGAGAGAAUUCACACAGGAGUGAAACCCUUUGAAUGUAAAAAAUGUAAAACUUUGUGAAUGAAUACAGGCCUCAGAAGACAUGAGGGAUUUCACACAGAAAUUAAACCUUAUAAAUGUAAAGAAUGUGCAAAACGUUUCUUAAGCAUUUUGUCUCUAAAUCAAUAUGAGAGACUUCACUCAGGAGUGAAACCCUAUGAAUCUAAAUAAUGUAGGCCAACUUUCUCAGUGAAGUCACUCGUCACCAGACAUGAGAGAAUUCACUCAGAAAAGAAGCCCUCUGAAUAUUAAGAAUGUAGGAAAAAUAUUUAGAAAUUUUAUAAGCCUGAGAGAAUUCACACAGAAGUAAAACUUUAUGAAUAUAAAGAACAUACAAGUUGUCUAGAAUUUCAAAAUAUUUAAUAACACAAUGGUACUCAACAUUGUAUGACUGAAACGUAAUCAUGCAAAUUUGUGAAUCUGCAACUAUCUCACAGUGAGGCAUUAAAAAUAAAAAAUUUUUAAUGAAUGGCUGUUACUUUCUUAAGUGCCCACUGAAAUCAAGGUGAUGUUGCUCUCCCCUAUUUUUUUUUGUGCUGUGGCCCUUGAGAGUAGUAGAGCCCCAGAUUUAGCUUAUAAUUCGUAAGAUGACAGCAUGCAUUUAGACUGGUAUUAUUAAUUGGUGUCACUUUUUUAAAAAAAUGUCACUUCAAUGUAAUUCAGAAAAAAGUUUAUUAUUGAACUGUUUUAGGGGUAAUCUACCUUAAGCACUGCCAUUCCAUUGUUAUCAGACCAUUUGUUCAGUUUGGUGUAGAAUUUUCAUUUCAAAUAUUUAUGUAAAAAAUUAUAUAGGAAUAUAUACGUAUGUAUAGAAAACUUCUGGACAGAGACAGCUAGCGGCGCGCCCGGGCUCCUCCCCGCCCCCACCCCACAGAAGCCUCCACCCGCGGCCCAAAACAAGCCCAGAACUGCCCUUGGCAGAGGCUGCCGCCUCGGGGGCACCCAGCACCCCUGGGGGCCGAGUCCGCAGGAAAGGGCACAGGAGAAAAGGGGGACAGGAGGCCAGCAGGGACGGCCAGGGGAGGCCACGACGGACUUGGCCAGACGAGUCCCGCGGCCUCCACCCUCGCCUGUCCCGCCGGAGAAACGGUUUCGGGGCUGGGGGCGUCUGCAGCAGAGCCCAGGGCGGGCGGCUCCAGGACAGACCAGGACACGGAGAGCCGCGGCCAGGCGGGGUCCGCACCCCCGGGGCCCCUCUGGGCUGCGCCCCAGGCGCCCCGACGCCUUUGCCCCUGCGCCUUUCCCUCCCGGUGGGUCGCACAGAGGAGACCCCACGGAACUCCCCACAGCCCCGCCAGCUCGCCCCGGUCGGGCCGGGAGGCGCUGCAGAAAGGCGGCGGCGGCUUCAGCACUGAAGGGUUCCUCCUGGCUCUGCACUCGGGAAUCUCCCGUGGCCGUGCCAGGGGACCGUGCGGGAUGCCGGGGAUCGAACCCUGGGAGCCAGCGCCCUCCCCUCCCUCCCGCUCCGGCCUCUGCAUCACUCACAUCCUCACCGAGUUUGGUCCUUUCCUGACCCGCGCGCCCCCUGCAGACGGCCGCCAGGGGGCGCCCGCGCGGAGGCUCAGGUCCUGCUUCUCUUCAGUUCCAAGGGUCUGUUCAUCCAGGGACUUUCUUUCCUUCUCCACUGGGUUUAGGUCUGUUCCACGUGUCCAUACAGAGGCCAUUGAUUGGUUUGGUUUUUUCCUGACAGCCAGUUCUCGUCAUUGCAUAAAACGCACAUGUUUAGGCACUCUGUGUUUGUGUGUAUGUAUCUAUCUGUGUCUAUAUGUGUGUCUAUGUGUGAGUCUAUGUGUGUUUUUGUCUGAACCUUUUGAAACAUGCUGACUUUGGCCAUCUUGACCUUCUGGUCCAUCGAGUCUGUUUUUCUUUUCAUCUAUGCACGAAUUUUAUGAUAUUCUAUUAUACAGCAAUAUAAAGUAUAAUAUGAAUCUAACAAUACUUUAUAAUAAAUACUAAUUUAUUAAUAUAUAUUUCUAUAAUUUAAGUUUAUGCUAGAUAUAAAUGCAAAGUUAUAGAUGUAUAUAUGAAUCUAACUAUGAACAUACAACAAAUUUAUUAUACAUGAGUUUUAUUAGAUGUGAAAUGAAUCAACUAUCUUUGGGUCUGUUGCUCUUUUUCACGUGCCGGCCCGGCAGCCUUCACACCCAGGCUCCGUUAGUCCCUGAGUGGUCAGGAGCAUGAGUCUGGACUGAACUCCCCAGUGCCCUAGAGACUCACUGUCUUUUUCCCCCUUUUCUUUACUUACGUGUCUUUUA